AUGACUGUUUGUCCAUAUUAUCUGCGCGGAGAUUGCAGAUUCGGUGCAAAUUGCAGAAACGAACAUCCAAACCCAAAACCAUCUGGCGCCGCAUGGGGCAGCAACGCCCCCUCUACAAGCGCAGCAGGCUCGGGCACUGUUGCCUUCAAUGCAGAGUCGAUAAAACGCGACUUUGAACCAUCCGACAAGCCAAUAUGGCCCCUAUCGUCAUACGGCGUCGCAAAAAACGAGCCAAACUUUCUUUCAGGACUCGAUAUCUCGCCAGAAGAGCUCAGAGCACGCGCAGUAGACAGACUGAAACGCGGAAGAAGUCAAUCCUAUACCGAUUACGAAGCAAGCAUGAUACAGAAUGCGAGCCAAGUAUAUUCAAAGGUCACAACUGAUCCGCAGGGCGCGUUCCAAACCGCCUUUCAACUCUCCAAAGGAAUCGCACCGACUGCUCCGCAAGCCGCUCCACAAGCCGCUCCGCAAGCGGCGUCCUCGUCCGCCUUUGGAGCGCCAUCAACUUCGGCAUUCGGCAGCACAUCAGCCUUUGGGAAACCAUCCGCACCAGCAUUCGGACAAUCCGCUUUCGGUCAACCCGCCGGUGGCUCAGCGUUUGGUCAACCUAGCGGCCCCUCGGCAUUUGGCACAUCCACAUCGACUAGCGCCUUUGGGAAACCGGCAUUUGGAUCGAGUACAGCUCAGCCAGCGUUUGGCGCGUCGACGUUUGGACAACCAGGUGGCGCAAGUGCAUUUGGCGCGUCGACAUCAGGCGGUGGAUUUGGCGCAUCAACAUCUGGUUCCACCCCGGCGUUUGGUGCAUCUACCUCUGGAGGCGGAUUCGGUGCUUCGACCGCCAACACCAGCUCGGCAUUUGGAGGCGCCGCAACCAGUGGUGGAGGGUUUGCUGCGUUUGCGUCCAAACCGGCUGGAUUUGGACAACCUGCAUUUGGGCAAUCUGGCUUUGGUGCACUUGCAGCAAGUGCACCGCCAGGAGGUACUCCAGCGUUUGCGCAACCAGCUACUGGCGGAAGCGCGUUCGGUACCUCGACAUUUGGCCAACCCUCGACCACGACAACAACAACACCGUUUGGUGGCUCUGCCUUUGGAGCAUCUCAGGGAGGAGGUGGAGGUUUCAGCGCGUUUGCGAGUACUGGGCCGUCUGGGUUCGGAGCGUCGACUACCACGACCAAUCCACUCAACCCUCCCUCUACGAGCACUUUCGGUCAAGCACAACCACCACCAGCGAGUUCAAACCCACUCGACGCGCCCAGUACCGGUGCGGCGCCACAGAGUGCCUUUGGAUCCGCAUUCGGCCAACCAGCAUCUGGGUUUAGCCAACCGGUAGGACUAUCCGGGUUUGGCUCAAUGGGACUCGGAGGAUCCUCGACCACAACAGCUCCGGCUCCAGCUCCGACCACGACAGCACCAGUAAAUCCAUUCGGGCCACGCCCAGGCGCUACCACGACAAGCAACCCAUUAAACACCUCAUCUCCAUUUGGUGCGUCGACAGCACCGGCAAAUCCGUUUGGACCACGUCCAGGCGCAGCCACGACGAACAAUCCAUUAAAUUCUUCAUCUCCUUUUGGUUCAUCGACAGUACCAGAAAAUCCGUUUGGUUCCACGUCGGUGCAACCGGCAUUUGGGACGUCUACAUUUGGACCACCAUCGGCGUUCGGGGGCACACAACCAUCCGCCCAACCCCCUGCGCAAGCCGCGCGGCCACCUACUGUGGCAGAGGCCAACAUCUUUGCGUCUCUUUCGAUACCAUCGACAUACAGCCGACCUAUCACGGAUCCAUAUGCCUCCCAACUCCCGCCAAACUAUAUGGCUAUGCUCCCUCAAGACGUCAAAGAUGCUUUCACCUCGGAAAGGUUUACGUUUGGACAAGGCGUUGGAAUUCCGACUUGGAUACCGCCGUUGGAAAUGCGAUAA